AUGCAGAAUGGAGAUCAUCCUCCCGAGACGGAGGAGGAACCAGAACCGGAGCAAGAGAGCGAAGAGCCUGCAAUGCAGAUGGGUGAGCCGAAGGAUGAGGAACCGAAAGAGGGCCAUGUUGACGAAGUAGAGCAGCCGAAAACGAUUGGCUCUGCAAAGGCGGGGAAGACAAAACACACCAUCCGUUUCCGUGGCGCCAAGUGGGGAACAGUGCUCGAGAAGAACUCUGCGGAGCUGGAGGCGGCCUUCAAGAAGGACGUGGUGGAGGCAACUGGACUGGACGACCAACGUAUUGAGAAGCUGCAAUUCCGCUUUACUGAUGCGAUGGUCGCAAAUUUCUUUGUGCGCCACCAGAACGACGCUGAAAAAAUGGCAGAAGUCCACGCUACGCUGCAGUCAUACAACUUCCCGCGUACUACCGGCGUUUACCGUGGCAGGGGUUUUUUUACCGCCCGCAUCCCUGGAGCCAAGUGGGCUCCAAUUCUGGCGAGCAAUCGAACCGCUGUGGAGUCUUCAUUCAGGCGAGAUGUGCGGGAGGCUACAGGGAUGGGAGAUGCCUCUAUUGGAGAUGUGGCGUUCGAGGCCACGGAUGCGCUUCUUGUGAAAUUCUCCCUGCGGCACGGCAAUCAGGCUAACAAGAGGGAUAUGUUAAACAAAACUCUGCAGUCGUACAAAUUUCCGCAUACUACGCAUUUGUAUGGUGGCAAAUCGAAGCAUAUCGUUCGAUUCCGCGGCGACAAGUGGGGAACAGUGCUCGAGAAAAAACGCGCUGCACUUGAGUCCGCCUUCAAGAAGGAUGUGGUGGAGCUGACUGGACUGGACGAGAAGCGCCUUGUGGAGUUUGACUUCCAGUUCAGCGAUGCCAUGGUCGCAACUUUCUCUGUGAUCCUCCACAACGACGCCGAGAGGAUGGACGAGGUGCACAAUACGCUGCAGUCGUACAGCUUCCCUCACACGACCGCUCUGUAUGGUAAAUCGUAG